AUGGUAGCCAACAAGUGCAGGGAAAUGACUUGUUACUGGAAUGAAAGUGACAACAAUCUAAACCAAAAAAAGGUCCCCAAGAUUACCUCAGACCAAUUGCAAAACCUGAAAAGGCCCAUAACCACACAGGAACUUCAACACGUAAUAUCAGAAUUGCCUAAUGGGAAAAGUCCAGGCCCUGAUGGCCUAUCAGCUAAAUACUAUAAAGCUUUUUCCUCCAUCCUUAUCCCCCACAUGGUCCAACUUUUUAAUGAGGUUUCUGGGGAAAACCCGUUUCCACCAUCAAUGCUUGAGGCGCAGGUCUCGGUGCUCCCAAAACCAGGCAAACAACCAAACACACCAGCGAACUUUCGCCCAAUCUCUCUACUUAAUGUGGACAUUAAACUUUACGCGAAGAUUUUCGCGACCCGAAUUAAUCUGAUCCUCCCAACCUUAAUACAUAUAAAUCAAGCAGGGUUCACACCUACACGAGAAUCCAGAGACAACACCACAAAAAUUUUAGCUCUUAUGGAAUAUGCACACAAACAUCAGGUUCCCUCCGCGUUCAUUUCUAUGGACGCGGAGAAAGCCUUUGAUAGGCUUGAUUGGACAUUUCUGAAACAGGCCUUACUUAAAUUUGGAUUUGACCAAGAACUAAUCAUGAAAUUAUUCGCACUAUAUAAUGCGCCUCAAGCAAAAGUUAAACUAAAUGACUCCUUCUCCUACCCUUUUCAAAUCAAUAACGGAACCAGACAAGGCUGCCCGCUCUCACCCCUCCUUUUUGUCUUGUCAAUAGAAAUACUGGCAUCCUAUAUUAGGAAUAAUAAAGCUAUUACGGGACUCCAAAUAGGCUCAGCAGAAUAUAAAAUCACAUUAUAUGCAGAUGACAUAUUUCUUACCCUUACGAACAUAGAAUCCACACUCCCUUAUCUCCUGGAUACCUUAAAUAAAUAUGGGAAAUACUCAAAUUUUAGUAUAAACAUUACAAAGUCUGAACUGCUACAUAUUAAUCUCACCCCAUCCACCGUAACACGCCUGCAGCGGCAAUUCCAAUAUAAGGCGCAGAGCAAAGCAAUUAAAUAUUUAGGAGUCUACAUAACCCCCAACAUCUAUGAUGUUGUGACUUUAAAUUACGAAAGCCUAAUUUUAAACGUUAACUCAUUGUUAAGAAGCUGGAAUAGUAAAUUUCUAUCAUGGAUGGGGAGACUUAAUGCAAUUAAAAUGAUUAUAUUGCCCAAAAUACUUUAUCUGUUACAAACUUUACCUAUACCCCUCCCUGACUCACUGAUUCAUAGACUACAGAAAGCGUUAAAUACCUUUAUUUGGGCAAACAAACGCCCACGCAUAGCCACAGCUACAUUAUAUAGACCAAGAGAACUCGGAGGCAUUGGAGCGCCCAAUAUAAAACUCUACAGAAUAGCUACUUUUAUGUCCAGGAUAGUAGACUGGUGUAAAAAUGCCUUAAAUAAAGAAUGGGUCCAACUAGAAAACAAUUUGAUAGGUCACGACAAUAUAUGCGGGAACUGUUGGCUUACCUCCAACCAGAGAACGCUUUCAGAUGCUACCCCAUCCUCAGUUCGAGAAUCAUAUAAAAUAUGGGACAAAAUCAUACGACAGCAUAAAGGCAUUUCUACAGCGCAAUCCCCUUUAACUCCGAUAGGGGGCAAUGUAACAUCCCCACUUAAUAUUAAUAUACUUGAGCCACAAUUAGUAACUAUCAAUGAUAUCCUUCCGGUCCAUACCCUAUAUGAGAAUGGAAGGGUUAAAUCGCAAACAGAUCUUGUUACCAAGUGUGGACCCAGACUGCAAAAUUGGUUAACAUAUUCACAGUUAGCACACUUUCUUUCAACACACCCAUCUAAACCGCAUUUUACUCGUCCAUUAACACCUUUUGAGAAUCUGUGCAUUAAUCCACUGCCAAAUAAAGGCAUACUCUCCAUAGUACAUAAACAACUUCAACUGUCUAGCUAUAAACACCUACCAUCCUAUGUUGCCAAAUGGGAACAGGAAUUUGAUAGCCCGAUACCAGAACAAACUUGGUAUGACAUAUUCAAAUAUAUGAGCAAAUCUUCCUCCUCGAUUUCCAUUCUGGAAAUGAACCUCAAAUUCAUGUGCAGAUGGUAUUAUACACCUUCACGUUUACAUCAGCUAUUCCCUAACACCCCAGCAAUAUGCUGGAGGGGUUGCCAGGAAAUUGGAACCCCACACCACAUUUGGUGGCAGUGCCCGAAAGCUAAAUACUAUUGGGAAACAAUCAAGAAAGAGGUUGAACGAGAGGACUUUAUACAAGGAGUCAACAAAGAAGACAUGACUUGGAAACAGCUGGCUGCAUUCAUUUCUAUCAAGUGUUAUUGGAUUUUAUGUGUGAUGCAAAGAACCAAUGGACAAGAAUAUGCUCAUUCUAUCAGAGUGGAAGGGGACAUUAUACUUGGAGGUCUCUUCCCAGUCCAUUCAAGAGGAGAGCGAGGGGUGCCUUGUGGAGACUUAAAAAAAGAGAAGGGGAUUCAUAGGCUAGAAGCUAUGAUGUAUGCAAUAGAUCAGAUCAAUAAAGACCCUGACCUUUUAACAAAUAUCACUUUAGGAGUGCGCAUCCUUGAUACUUGCUCAAGAGAUACCUAUGCUUUGGAGCAAUCUUUAACCUUUGUGCAAGCUUUAAUAGAAAAAGAUGCUACUGAUGUGAGAUGUGCAAAUGGCGACCCACCUAUUUUUACUAAGCCAGAUAAAAUAGUUGGUGUAAUUGGAGCUGCAGCGAGUUCUGUAUCCAUCAUGGUUGCAAAUAUUUUAAGGCUCUUUAAGAUACCUCAAAUCAGCUAUGCAUCCACUGCUCCAGAAUUAAGUGAUAACAGCCGGUAUGACUUUUUUUCACGAGUGGUUCCACCUGACUCCUAUCAAGCACAAGCCAUGGUUGAUAUUGUGACGUCCCUUGGAUGGAACUAUGUAUCAACAUUAGCAUCGGAAGGAAAUUAUGGAGAAAGUGGAGUUGAAGCAUUUACACAGAUAUCCAGGGAAAUUGGUGGUGUUUGCAUUGCUCAAUCAUUGAAAAUCCCACGGGAACCCAAACCGGGAGAAUUUGAUAAAAUCAUCAAACGUUUGCUGGAUACUCCCCAGGCCCGCGCAAUAAUCAUUUUUGCAAAUGAAGAUGACAUAAGACGAAUUUUAGAGGCAGCCAAAAGAAGCAAUCAAACAGGGCAUUUUCUGUGGAUUGGAUCAGACAGUUGGGGUUCCAAAAUCUCACCAGUAUACCAGCUGGAAGAAAUAGCAGAUGGAGCUGUGACAAUACUGCCAAAGAGAGCGUCAAUAGAUGGGUUUGAUAGGUAUUUUAGAAGCCGAUCAUUAGCCAAUAAUCGAAGAAAUGUAUGGUUUGCAGAAUUUUGGGAGGAAAAUUUUGGAUGUAAGUUGGGGUCCCAUGGAAAAAGGAACAAUCAUUUCAAAAAAUGCACAGGAUUAGAACGCAUUGGAUUACAUUCCAGCUAUGAACAAGAAGGAAAAGUUCAGUUUGUGAUAGAUGCUGUAUAUUCAAUGGCUCAUGCUCUGCACAACAUGCAUCGAGAUCUCUGUCCUGGUUAUAUAGGAUUAUGCUCAAGAAUGAGGUCUAUUGACGGUAAAGAACUUCUCAGUUAUAUUCGAGCUGUGAACUUUAAUGGAAGUGCUGGAACACCUGUCACAUAUAAUGAAAAUGGAGAUGCCCCUGGCCGUUAUGAUAUCUAUCAAUACCAAAUAAACAACAAAACAACGGAAUACAAAGUUAUUGGUCAUUGGACUAAUCAGUUGCAUCUAAACGUGGAAGACAUGCAGUGGUCGAGUAGAGAACAUACACAGCCAGCAUCUGUUUGUAGUCUGCCGUGCAAGCCUGGAGAAAUUAAAAAACCUGUAAAAGGAGCACCUUGCUGCUGGAAUUGUGAACGGUGUGACGGCUAUAAUUUCCAAGUGGAUGAGCUCACCUGUGAUGUGUGUUCUAUAGAUCAAAAACCAAAUGCAAACCGCACCGGGUGCCAACUAAUCCCUAUUAUCAAACUUGAGUGGCAUUCUCCUUGGGCUGUUAUACCUGUCUUUAUAGCCAUUUUGGGUAUCAUGGCAACCACCUUUGCAAUUGUCACCUUUGUACGAUACAACGACACACCUAUUGUGAGAGCAUCUGGACGUGAACUCAGCUAUGUGUUACUGACAGGUAUUUUUCUGUGUUAUGCCAUUACAUUUUUAAUGAUUGGAACUCCAGAUAUGGUAGUCUGCUCUCUGAGACGCAUAUUCCUGGGGCUUGGCAUGUGUUUUAGUUAUGCUGCUUUACUAACAAAAACAAACAGGAUUCAUCGGAUAUUUGAGCAAGGAAAAAAAUCAGUUACUGCUCCAAAGUUUAUAAGUCCAGCAUCUCAACUAGUCAUUACUUUCAGUCUUAUAUCAGUUCAGUUGCUUGGGGUCUUCAUAUGGUUUAUAGUUGAUCCUCCCCAUAUCAUAGUAGACUAUGGAAAACAAAGAACACAAGAUCCUGAAAAUGCAAGGGGAAUACUUAAAUGUGACAUUUCUGAACUUUCUCUAAUUUGUUCCCUGGGAUACAGUAUUCUUUUGAUGGUUACAUGUACUAUUUAUGCUAUUAAAACAAGAGGGGUUCCAGAAACCUUCAAUGAAGCCAAACCUAUUGGAUUUACAAUGUACACCACUUGCAUUAUCUGGUUAGCGUUUAUUCCAAUAUUUUUUGGGACAACGCAGUCAGCGGAAAGGAUGUAUAUCCAGACAACUACUCUAACAAUCUCCAUGAGUUUAAGUGCUUCUGUGUCUUUGGGUAUGCUCUACAUGCCUAAGGUUUACAUAAUAAUUUUUCAUCCAGAGCAGAAUGUCCAAAAACGAAAGAGGAGUUUCAAGGCUGUUGUGACUGCUGCUACCAUGCAAAGCAAACUUAUCCAAAAAGGAAAUGACAGACCUAAUGGUGAAGUUAAAACAGAAAUCUGUGACAGUCUUGAAACAAACACCUCUUCUACAAAAACCACAUAUAUCAGUUACAGCAAUCAUGCAAACUGAAAAUGGAAAAUGCUUGAAACAAAAGGAACCAGACUGUGUGAUCUACAAUCAAAACCUAGAACAAUAUUUGAGUUAAACAAAUAUACAAAACGGACAAUA